GUAAAUUCGAUUAAAGCCUCGGAAGAAAGUUAUAUAUUAACUAUUCAGUGGUUUAGAUACCCGCAUGUCUCAAGCCGGACCAUUCAAUCGAGUACAGUCUGUUUCAGCACCGUUGAAAAGGCUCAUUUCCAUUGGAUCAUGAGGGAACAUGCAAGCUCGAAAUGCUCAAAUACCCGUAUGUCUCAAGCCGGACCAUUCAAUCGAGUACAGUCUGUUUCAGCACCGUUAAAAGGCUCAUUUCCAUUGGAUCAUGAGGGAACAUGCAAGCUCGAAAUGCUCAAGUACAUGUGUUGUCUGCAUGAAAACAAACAUCUAAACAGUGAAUGCCGAGAUGUGGCAAAAGCGUACUUCAAGUGCCGAAUGGACCAUGGCCUUAUGGAAAAGGAUGAAUGGGAUCGCCUAGGUUAUGGAGAUAAGUAG